GCUUGACAUCCAAAGCAAAACAUGACGAGGACUUUUCAUUUUCUCAGGAAUUUAUAAAACAAGAAACUUUACAAACAAGUCACAUAAGAAAGAAUACCCAGAAGCACGUAAGAUAUUAGUCUCAGGCGUAAAAUCGAGAGUACAACUUCAAAAUGGCAGCCGAUGCACUUUUUGGUUGGGAUUUAACUUUUAAAACUGUUGAGAAAGAUAUCAAGCGUAAAUCCGAUGUAAUUAUUGCAUUUAUACAUUGGAACUUAUCGAAGAGGGGAUUUAGAAGUAUUGGAAUAGGAGAUGAGAGGACUUUAUCUGGAGAUGAAGAGAAAAGCGAGCUGCUACCAACUGGAUGGAAUGACAAAGACAACUAUGCCCUGAGAUAUGUUCUUGAUAACAAACUGUUCAUUCUGCAUGGUCUGAGCACUGAUGGCAAUCUCAUUGUCAAUCUGAUGAGAUCUGAAGACUUAGCCGUGUCCAACAUAGCAGUAAAGAUUGAAGAAACAGUGAAAGACUUAUGUGGACCUAUUGAUAAGAUCAUGCCAAAUCAUAAAGAGUUAAUAUAUAAUGUGAAGAGGGACCUAAUUGAUACGGUGACCGAGAGACCUACUGCUACUACUGAGACUCAGACUUCUAGGAGUGAAUCUACUACAAGAAGGCCGCCUGAAGAUCCACUGAGAGUCCCACCCCGACCCCUGCCGGGAGUCAACCCUGACACACCAGACCUAUGGGGCAUGCCACCGCCCCGCCUGCCUAACAUCGGCAGUUCCGACCUGGACCCCUUCGCUCCCUCCGGCGGCGGCAUGCUGUUCAACCCGUUCGAGCCUCGCAGAGACAGAGACCUGGAAAACCCGGGCUUGGGUAUACCUGGAGGAUUGCCAAGAGGGGCAGUGCCACCAGGAGCUCGUUUCGAUCCGUUUGGGCCCCCCGGUGGGCCUCUGCCGGGCCGCCGGCCUGCGCCGCCGGAUGCGGAUCACCUGCCGCCCCCUGGCUUCAACGAUAAUAUGUUCAUGUAGCAACCUUACCUAUCUGUGACUUUUCAUUGUCCACAUCUUUAUGAAUAAAGUUAAUUUUGAAAUAUGUUAA